CUUCACGCGCUCUCUUCUCUUCUCCUUCUCUAGAACUAUUGAAUAUGAGAGAAAGCCCACAACAAUUUAAUUGAGCUGCUGCAGACUCAGAAAGAGAGAGAGAGUUGCAGAGAAGCAGAGGAGAGACACGUACCCCCCAACUCUGAGGCGGCUGCCCUUCGCCACCGACUUUGCAGCACUCACUCCCAGGCCACCACCAAUCAAAUCCCAUCAGAAUCGAUUCCCCAAUCCACCGAUUUCCGACGACCCAAAUUUAACGUCUUUCGUCUCAAGCUUUCAUCUUGCUUGGGUUUUGGUCUUAAGCUAAGCUCCCCUUUGCUUUUAUUCGCUCCUUUCUUUCUUGUUGCUUUCGUGGUUUCGAGGCCAAGGGAGCUCUCUCUCUGUCUCUCUCUCGUUUUUAAUCAUCAAGCAAGUGUGAAAGAGAGAGGUAGCUGAAUUGAUUGGAUCAAAGAUCAUCAUGGUUAGUGGUAAUCUGUUUCAUUGUAGAAAGAAUUCAUGGCCUCCUCAGGAGUAUAUCCCCAGGAACACUUUGCAAUUGUUUGACACUGAUAGCGCUGCCCCACCAGAACAAGCCUGGAGGAGGAAGUUAAACAGCCAUGCUAACAUUCUUAAAGAGUUUAGUAUUACAUUUAGGGAAGCAAUCAAAAUGGUUAGGUUAGGUGUACGCUUGUGGUCAUACGUCAGAGAAGAGGCUUCUCAUGGAAGGAAAGCACCUAUUGAUCCUUUCACACGAGGCAUUUGCAAGCCAUCUGCAUCUCAAGGGGUUCCACUCGGAGGGAUGGGAAGUGGCAGCAUCUCAAGAGGUUUUAGAGGCGAGUUUAGGCAAUGGCAAAUCAUUCCGGGUGUAUGUGAUGGUUCUCCUGUCAUGGCCAAUCAAUUCUCUAUCUUUAUAUCUAGAGAUGGAGGGAGUAAAAGCUAUGCAUCAGUCUUGGCCCCAGGUCAACAUGAUGGAAUAGGAAAAGCUGGUGAUCAGGGUAUAUCAUCAUGGGGUUGGAAUCUGGGUGGUCAGCAUUCCACGUACCAUGCUCUAUUUCCAAGGGCAUGGACUGUAUAUGAUGGUGAACCUGAUCCAGAAUUAAAAAUUUCUUGUCGGCAAAUAUCACCAUUUAUUCCUCAUAAUUAUAGAGAUAGUAGUCUUCCUACAGCAGUUUUUGUCUACACGUUGGUGAACACUGGAAAAGAAAGAGCAAAAGUCAGCCUUCUAUUUACAUGGGCGAAUUCAAUUGGAGGAAUCUCACAUUUGUCGGGAGACCACGUCAAUGAACCAUUUAUAGGCGAAGAUGGAGUCUCUGGUGUACUUCUUCAUCACAAGACUGCAAAAGGGAGUCCACCUGUUACUUUUGCAAUAGCUGCAUGUGAAACACAAAAUGUAAGCGUUAGCGUGUUGCCAUGUUUUGGUUUAUCUGAAGAAAGUAGUGUUACGGCGAAAGAAAUGUGGGACCAAAUGGUGAAGGAUGGACAAUUUGAUCGUGAGAAUUUCAAUUCUGGGCCAUGCAUGUCUUCCUCGCCUGGAGAGACACUCUGUGCUGCAGUGUCAGCUACUGCUUGGGUAGAACCCCAUGGGAAGUGCACUGUCGCCUUUGGUCUAUCCUGGUCAUCCCCAAAAGUAAAAUUUUUGAAGGGAAGCUCAUAUCCAAGGAGGUACACAAAAUUCUAUGGGACCUCUGAAAGGGCAGCUCAAGACUUGGUGCAUGAUGCACUAACAAAUUAUAAGCGAUGGGAAGAAGAGAUUGAAAUUUGGCAAAAUCCUAUCCUCAAGGAUGAAAAAUUACCAGAAUGGUACAAGUUCACGUUGUUCAAUGAGCUCUACUUUUUGGUCGCUGGUGGAACGGUCUGGAUUGAUUCUCCCUCACUUGACAAAAAAAUCAAGAAGAAUCAGAGUCAAUUAACAAAUGGUGAGUAUAACAAGGCCACUGAACAUAAAGUGAACGGCAAAGUGGUCGAGGAUACUGCAAUGUUGGACCCACAAAAACAUUAUGAAGAUGUGGGGAGGUUUCUUUAUCUGGAAGGAGUUGAAUACAUCAUGUGGAACACAUAUGACGUGCACUUCUAUGCAUCAUUUGCCCUUCUUGAUCUGUUUCCCAAAAUUGAACUCAAUAUACAAAGGGACUUUGCAAAAGCAGUUUUAUCUGAAGAUGGAAGAAGAGUAAAGUUUCUGGCUGAGGGGAAUUGGGGAAUUCGCAAGGUUAGAGGUGCUGUCCCCCAUGAUUUGGGAACACAUGAUCCUUGGAAUGAAAUGAAUGCGUAUAAUAUUCAUGAUACUAGUAAGUGGAAGGAUCUAAAUCCGAAGUUUGUACUUCAGGUCUAUAGAGAUUUUGCUGCGACAGGGGAUAUGUCAUUUGGAGUUGAUGUCUGGCCUGCUGUCCGCGCAGCAAUGGAAUACAUGGAACAAUUUGAUAGGGACAAUGAUGGUCUCAUUGAGAAUGAUGGUUUCCCUGACCAGACCUAUGAUGCCUGGACAGUUCAUGGAGUAAGUGCUUACUGUGGUUGCUUGUGGCUUGCUGCACUUCAAGCUGCUGCAGCAAUGGCCAUUCAACUAGGUGAUAAGGCCUUUGCUGAAUGGUGCAAAACCAAAUUUUUGAAGGCCAAACCAGCUUUUGAAGAAAAACUGUGGAAUGGAUCUUAUUUUAAUUAUGAUAGUGGAUCUAGUAGUAACAGUAAAUCUAUACAAGCGGAUCAACUGGCCGGACAGUGGUAUACUGCAUCUUCAGGUUUACCUUCACUUUUUGAUGAUGCUAAAGUCCAAAGUGCUUUGCAGAAAAUCUAUGAUUUCAACGUCAUGAAAGUUAAAGGAGGUAGGAUGGGUGCUGUAAAUGGAAUGCACCCUAAUGGUAGGGUGGAUGAGUCUUGUAUGCAAUCUCGUGAAAUAUGGACGGGUGUCACUUAUGGGGUGGCUGCCACAAUGAUCCUUGCUGGAAAGGAGAAAGAGGCAUUCACCACUGCUGAAGGAAUUUUUAUUGCUGGCUGGUCUGAAGAGGGCUACGGAUACGGGUUCCAGACUCCCGAGGGGUGGACGAUGGAUGGGCACUUCCGAUCCCUGAUAUAUAUGAGGCCACUGUCUAUAUGGAGCAUGCAGUGGGCAUUAUCAAUGCCAAAGGCAAUUCUUGAGGCUCCCAAGGCCAAUGUAAUGGACAGAAUCCAUAUAUCGUCUCUUAGUUCUCGAUCCUCCCACAGCGAAACAGGUGUGAGAAAGAUUGCAACCAAGGCAAAGUGCUUCAGUAAUUCUGUGUUCAAUUGUGCAUGCUGAUUGUAAAUUUGUCACUUGACUAUAUUGUAAAGUGUAGUAAAUCACUCCUUGGUUACUUGAACCCUCUUGCAGUGAAGUAAUGAUGCUGGGUGAGGUUUGGGUAGUCUUCUAGAAAGAGCCAAAAUAGGUAAUAAAAGAUUGACUUGUAAGUGUUUGAUUUACAUAAUGUGAAUCUAUCUUGCUUUGUCAUUGGAACGUUUUUGUACAAAAUAUUCGGAAAAUGUAGGAAAUGAUUGAUUUGAGCU